AGCAAACUUUCUUGGCAAUCUCUCUGUAUAUCUCCAAAACCCUAGACGAAUAUAUUCCACCUGUAAGAUCAGAUCCCGUAGUGAAAACAAAACCUCGAGGGAGACAGUAUGAGUUUCUGCUGUUUCAAGUCUCUACAGAAGUGCUUUCUAACGGCACAUCCGCAGGGAGGAAACGAUACAGUUCCAGAACUGAUAAUAUCCGUGGAUGGGGAAAGGCAAACGUACGGGCUUUCGUCGCACGAGAUUACCAGACCGAACAGAGAACGGUUCCUUGAUUUCUUGAAAGGUUCGGGAAUAGACGAGCCGCCGCUCUCUUCUUGGAGCUGAGCAUCUGCGGUUUCGCUUCACGAGCCAUCGAUGCGCAGCCCGGAGAUUUCCGAGGGGUCGUGACAGUGGCUGUCGCCGUGAAACGUACGGACGAUAAGUACGUGGACGACCCUUUGGUCAGGAGAAUCGACAAGUACGAGAAUGACGAACCUUGGAACAUCACAGAAGCCGUACACGACCGGUUGAUCGUCGUCGAUCAUUCCCUUCGGUGCAGAAACCCAUGGACGAGGUUUAGGGACGAGACUCGAACUAAGCGUUGUCCGUGACAACAACGAUGGUUCCACGGAUCAUCAAACGCUGCAGAUAUCUUCGCUUCCAUCACCACCUGAGAUUGUUGGAGGGAAUAGAGAGAUGUUUUUUUAUUUCUUACAAAGCUCGGGAAUGGAUAAGGUUACUGCAGAGGCCUUGAAAGACAGCAUUCACGAUUUCGCCUUGCAAGUCAUCCAUGAUGUGCAACCCGAAGGGGUUUUAAUGUUGGUUGUCGAGGUUUUCCUUGCCGUGGAUAAGUACAUGGACGACCCUUUGAUCAGGAUAAUCCACAAAUACGAGGACGAUGAACCUUGGAACAUCAGAGAAUACGUAUAUGACCGGGUUAUCAUCGUUGAUCAUUCCCGGUGGGAAUAUGAAGUGGAUUCUACAGCUGACCCUGAAGAGACUGAGAAUGACCCUUGGGAAUUCUACCCUGGAGAGAGUGAGAAUGAGCCUUGGGAGACUGAGAAUGAGUCUUGGGGCGUAGAAUCGCUUGAUGAUGAGAUCAUAACCGGGUUUGUACCGGCAACCGAGUUUACCAUCGAAUCAUUGUUGAAGGAAACAACGAUGUUCGGGCAAAUGAACGUUACCACAGAGGAGAACAACUGUGUAAUCUGCUUAGAGGAUUUCACGUCGGAGGCGAGAGUGGCUUCUUUACAACUGUGUAUUGUGCAGUGGCUCGAGUUAAGCCAUCUUUGUCCAUUGUGUCGGUUUAGGUUCCAUUUUGAAACACAACCUUCCAAGGAGUAAGUAGUUGUAAGAAACCUCAA